CUGAUGUCAUCAUCAAUCUUGUGGAAACAGGAGGUCAAGUUCCCUCAACCUGACAGAUACCAGCCUAUUCAGGGACAGGCGGUCCCUCAGUCAUCUUAGGACAAGAGACUCGGGGAUUAGGGAUGGAGGUCGACAGAGUCCAUGAGGGAGGAGGGGGAGGGAAUAGUCCCCCCCCACAGUCGUAUCCUCAAACGAUUUUUGGGGAAUUCGAGGACAGGGCAAGACAAUCAAUAGGUCAGUGUUACGAUGAGGGAACGUUUCAAGUAGCGGUUGACCUAGGGCAGGUGGUGAUAGACGAAAGAGGGAAGAGGUUCAAAGUGAAUGAAUCUAUGGAUGCCAUUAAGGAGACGUGGCUGAAAGAGCGAACAGUGAUUUUUAUCUUUCAGGACGAGGCGCGAGAUCUGUCAAGGGGGGUAAAAGAAGACUUGGUGCGAGCAUAUGAGGACGGUUGGAUGGCUCGUCGGUUAUUUAAUCCGGAUGUGAGAAGAGGGAGAGUGAAAUUCGAAAGUCCUAAUGGUAUUUCCUAUGUAGCAAAAGCAGUGGAGGUAGCGACAUGGCUUGUGCAGAAACGCUCUGUGAACCUGUCACUAAGAGGGAAAGAGUAUUCGGCAACAGUGAAACCUUGGAUGCCGAAAACUGAGCUGAAGGAGCUGAGCCUGAGGGAGGCAGAGUCAAACUUUUGGAUAGUGAUGUUGAGGGUACCGUUGGAUGUGAUGUUGUACCUUCCAUCUACAGUGGAGGGGUUGAUUGGGGGAGGGAAACACAUCCACCCCCCAGAGGCGGACAGGUCGAAACCAAAGUUGUUGAAUAUUAAACUCGACAUGGAUCCUCAAGCGCGGUUCUGGAUGGAGGACUCGCUCACUAUUGAGUUCCCCAAAGGGGAACUUUGGAAAGUAGAGGUUCRAUUCUCGGGGUCUACACAGAUACUGUACAUGGGUAGGGUGAGGAAAGAGCGUGAAAAGCAAGCCAAGCUAAAGGCUAUCGCAGACGAGCAGGCGGCGAAGAUGAAGAGAUUGGAGGAGGAGAUGAAGAAAGUACAACAAGAGGAGGAAGAAAGAAGAAAAACUGCUGAAGCAGAAGCGGCAGCAGAAGAAGAGAAAGAGAGAAUGAGAAUUGAGAGUGGAGAAGGGAGCAGUGGUGGCACGAUGAAGUGGGAGACAGACACUGAGCUGGAGAAGAAGAUCAACGAGUGGGUCGCUAAUUUAUCGUUGGGGGAAGAUGAGGAGGCGGAGUCCUAUGUGACUAAGGAUGAGAAGGCUGCGCUGGCCGCUGAGCUAGCAGCCAUGACAGACCCAAUGGAACGAAGAGAGAGGGAAGACGAGCAAAAGUUAGCAUGAAAGUUGAGAAUGAAGAGGAAGAAGAAGA